CCGUCGAAUUUCGACGGGUUACACACUAGUACUUUCUAUCAACUAAUUACAAAGAAAACGACUGCAGUGUUGCGAAGAAUAAAUCAAAGUCUUCUCUCGCUCUUGAAAUUGGGGUUUAAUUCCUUCUCGAUUUAGGAAUUGGGGGUUAACUCAGAUUUUUGCAGAGAGAAGCGAAUUUACUUUUCAGAUCUGAGGUUCUAGUGAAUUUGAUACAAAAAUUUGUCGGCGCGAUUGUUUAGGGCUUUGUGGAUGGAUCAAAUUCUCAACAAGGUGGGUUCAUACUGGUUGGGUCAAAAAGCAAACAAGGAAAUCAACUCCGUUGGCGAUGAUAUUAACUCGUUGGGUUCUAGUAUCGAAGGAGGAGCCAAAUGGCUGGUGAACAAGUUAAAAGGUAAAAUGCAGAAACCACUGCCUGAACUCCUAAAGGAGUAUGAUCUACCCGUAGGUAUAUUCCCCCGCGAUGCAACCAACUACGAGUUCAACGAGGAGACUGGAAAGCUCAUUGUUUACAUUCCAUCAGUAUGUGAAGUGGGCUACAAGGAUUCAUCUGUAUUGCGUUUCUCGACCAUGGUGACCGGUUAUCUGGAGAAGGGCAAGCUGGUGGACAUCGAAGGGAUCAAGACUAAGGUGAUUGUUUGGGUUAAAGUUACUUGUAUCUCAUCCGAAAAAUCGAAGAUCAAUUUCACUGCCGGAGUGAAGAAAUCCAGAAGCAGAGAUGCAUACGAGGUUCUUAGAGAUGGUAUAGGCAUAGACAAGUUCUAACACUACUCUGCAAGUCAUGAUUCGAUCCCAUGUUGUAAUACUCUUGAGAAGAUUUCUACUCUUUCGACGUUAAGGUUUAAUGAUGACUCUAAUCGAUGUGGUAAAUACGCCCUCCGUUUCAAUA